AUGGCGUCAAGCCAGAAUAACGAACUGUCUGACAGACAGGAAGACACGUCAGGGCGGAGCGAUCUUACGGAACUCGCACUUGAGCGCUUGAGGCUGGAAAUAGAGUUGGAAAAGGAAAAGUCACGCCGGAUUGAACUAGAAAUAUCGCGAGCGAACAGUGAAAAGUCGUCCAGAAGCUCGUCGCCCCCACCAGCAUCUCGAGAAGACACCCUCGAGCGCUAUGCAAAGAAGCUAAGGAGCGUACUCCUGCCAUUGCCUGCCGAUUUAGAAGUGCCGGUAUGGUUCGAAGGGAUAGAGGGCAUCUUUCGAUCGUAUAAAGUCCCGACUGAAAUUCAAAGCCACCUCGUGCUUCCUCUAGUCACCAAACGGGUAAAACAUCUGUAUUCUAAACUGACGACAGAUGAGCUUGACAAAUACGACGCGGUGAAGGACGCAGUGUUGAAGGAACUUAGGCUAGCGCCGGCAGAGUACAGGAAGCAGUUCCUGACCGCGGUCAAAUCAAAAGACGAGGGGUGGUCCCAUUUUGCCUCACGGAUGAAAAGCUACCUUAUAUAUUACGCGAAGGCGCGUGAUGUGGACAACUUUGACGACCUGGUUGAAUUAUUGGCGGCCGACCAACUCAAAACCGUCAUUAGUCCCGCGGCCUGCGAAUACAUAAAAAUCCAGGAGGGUAGCGGCUGGGCAAAAACGUCGGAAAUUGCGGAAAUGAUGGACGCAUUUGAGGAGGCUAGAGGCAUCGGCUCAGCAGGUAGGGAGCGUUUGUCGCAAACCGGGAAUUCCUACCGACCUCUGCAACGGGCCGAGAGAACGGGAAACGCAGCCACGAAAGACACGCGAGGAAAGAUACUGAAGGGACAGGACGGUCGGGGUCAGAGUCGCGUUAAGUGCUUCGUAUGUAGCGGCCCACACUUCGCGCGAGAUUGCACGCUGAGGCAGAAACAGACCGGUGGAAGGCACGUGCAGGCAUCAAUAAACGCCACCACAAUGAUACCAGCGGAUCAAGACCGCACUCCUACAACGGCCGACACGGCGAACAGCACACUUGAGUGUAGAGCUAAUUGCGCGACAACAAAGGGAAUAGCGCAGGUAUCCGCGUUACAAGUCGUGGAGUUACGUAGCGGUCCCACAACAAUACAGGCUAUUGUAGAUACCGGGGCAGAAGUGACAGUUAUGCGACCCAGUUUGUUUCCCGAAGAAUCCGCAGAGGCGACCGGCACUGUAACACUAGUGUCUGCCUUCGGGCAAAAAGUAAAGGCGAAAUUGGGAACACUCUCCCUUAGUCUGGCUGGGGACGGAGAGGAAAGAGGGGCAGAUAAGUCGGCAUACGUAUUGUGCGCGUUCACCGAAGAAUUGGCGGAGGGCACAGACUGUCUCCUCGCAGGAGAAGCAUUUGAGAUUCUAACAUCGGGGACACCGCCCAGCGAGGUAAAAGAAUCCACGAUAGACGCACAUCCCGCGGGCAAUGCGGAGAGUGGCGCGUGUUUUGAGGUAGAAAUUGAUGACGCGGAGAGUGACGAAACAAGUCAGGUAGCCAUGGAAGCGACAAGUUUGCAAGCACGCACCAUAGAGAACACGGAGUUCAGGUUAGCACAGCGUAGUGAUCCUAGCCUCACAGAAUUUUGGCGCCGCGCAAAGAGUAGGACGCACGGUCUGCUAGUUGUAGAUGGUACCUUGUACCAUGAAGACAAAAUACAGGGGCGGACAGUUCGACAACUAGUGCUGCCGGAGGGCAGACGCGAGGAGGUUCUUAGACUGGCUCAUGACUCUCCUUGGGGAGGUCAUUUGGGGUUAAGGAAGACACUAGCACGAAUCAAGGCCAACUUUUAUUGGCCCGGCAUUGAGAGUGACGUGAAGGGGUACUGCCGGUCUUGUCACGGCUGUCAGCAGAUUUCUGACAAGAGAGCCACAGAUAGGAUCCCAAUCACACCUCUCACGCGUCCCGCAUAUCCAUUCCAGGCCGUGAAUGUAGACAUAAUCGGGCCCCUCGAUCCAAAAUCGGCACGCGGACACCGGUAUGCACUUUGCAUGACGGAUCUCCACACCAGGUGGCCAGAAGUGGUGUGUUUGCGCACCUUUACGGCACGAAAGACUUGUGACGCGUUGCUACAGAUCUUCGCGCGGACGGGGGUGCCGGAGGUGAUAUGCAGUGACAACGGGAGCAACUUUAGCGCGUCCCUCACAAAGGAAUUUCUUCAAAGGAUAGGUUGCGCACCCCGUUUUUCUACGGUGGAACACCCGGAAAGCAACGGCGCCGUGGAGCGUUGGAAUCGCGUGUUGAAGAGAAUGCUGUUUCACGUGGUACAGCGCGAUCCUCGUAAUUGGGAUCAACACGUCCCAUUCCUCCUCUGGGCGUACCGUGAAGUACCGCACGACACCACGGGGGUGUCACCCUUUGAGCUCCUGUAUGGUCGUAAGCCGGUUGGCCCCCUGUCAAUUUUAAAAAACACGUGGUCGGGCGAGGUAGAUAUCCCCAAUACGCUGAGAGAAACGCCGGCCAAGUACAUGCAACACCUCAGGGACCAACUACGGCUGGUAGCGGACGUUGCAGGGCUCACUGCAGUGGAGAAUCAAAAGACGUACGCCAACCAGUACAACAAGCGGGCAAAGCCGAAAAGUUUCGAUCCCGGGGAUCAGGUGUUAUUGUUUGAUUCAGACCGACCCGGAAAACUGUUCCCGAAGUGGAACGGACCCUACACGGUCGUAGCCAAGUAUAGGCAAAAUUCCUACGUCGUACUCGGAAGCGACGGGAAACGGAGAACUGUACACGGAAACCAGCUCCGAGAAUACCACGCACGGAUAGGACAUGUAGGUGUCGUAUUUCAGGGGGAUGAAGAGUUCGGGACGAUAGAGCACGCGCCCAUAGCGCAGGACAACGCGACAGAGGGUCUCCCGAAAGCCGCGACGCAACAUCUCAGUGCAGAACAAGAGCGACAAAUUUGCGAUGUAUUCGGGUCGUUCCCAGGGGUGUUCCAGGUGACCCCAGGUGUAGCUAGGGUCGGGGAGCACACGAUAACCCUAAAAGAAGGGCACGCGCCGAAAAAGCCGUACCCGUAUCGCGUGCCGGAGAUGCUGCGCCCGGAAGUAGAAAAACAGGUGAAGGGACUCCUGGAGCAAGGUCUGAUCUAUCCCACAAACAGCCCUUACGCCCACCCCGUAGUUUGCGUAGCCAAAAAAGACGGCUCGAUAAGGCUAUGCGUCGACUACCGCCACCUGAACAACGGAACGGUUGAUGACGCGUUCCCUAUGGCUCAGCAACAAGAACUUAUAUUCAGGGUCGGUAGAGCCAAAUAUAUAACGCUCAUAGAUCUCAAGCGGGGAUAUUGGCAGAUACCUAUGGCGCCGGGUAGUGAGGAAAUGACAGCCUUCGUGACUCAUUUGGGUCAGUUUGCGUGGAGAGUGAUGCCCUUUGGGCUAAAGAAUGCCGCGGCAACAUUUCAAAGGGUGAUGAACUCACUGUUAACGCCGCACCAGAAUUACGCAUGCGCGUACUUAGACGACAUAGCUGUGUUUUCAGCGUCGUGGACAGAACACCUGGAGCACCUUCAAGUAACGCUCAGUGUGCUAGAGGCAGCGGGUUUAACAGCCAACCUGGAGAAAUGUCAGGUAGCUCGCGCGAACAUCAGGUACUUAGGACAUGUGGUCGGUUCAGGUAUGCACGCGCCGGACCCAGACAAAAUCCAGGCAAUCAAGCAACUGAAACGACCGGAGUCGAAACGUGAGCUUCGCAGUGCACUAGGAUUAUGCGGAUACUACCGAAGUUACGUGCCCGGUUAUGCCGAGAUAGCCGAACCGUUAACUAGGCUCACCGGGAAGAAGAUUCCUAACCGCAUCCCGUGGUCGGAGGAAGCCGAGCGGGCUUUCCAGAUUCUGAAAGAGCGGCUCUGUGACGCUGCCGCGCUGACAACACCUUCGCCCAGUAAACCAUACUGGCUAUUCACUGACGCAUCGGCUAAGGCCGCGGGCGCAUGUCUUGCUCAGAUGGGGGACGACGGCAAUGAACGACCGAUCGCUUUCGCCAGUCACCGUUUCACGGAGACUCAGACAAAGUGGGCAACCAUUGAACGCGAAGCUUUCGCUGUUAUUUGGGCGCUAAGAAAAUUUGAUCAUUGGCUUUUCGGAGCGCAAGUGCAGGUCGUGUCAGAUCACAACCCCCUGGCGUAUCUAACGACGACGACGCCCCACGGAGCUAAGCUCACCCGUUGGGCAUUGGCGCUUCAACGGUACAACGUAACCGUAAUACAUAGGAAGGGGAGCAAACACGCGAAUGCAGACGCGUUGUCAAGGUUAGUGUGA